UCUCCUCAGUUGUCUAAUUUGUUACGUACGAUAUUCACGUAGUUAAUUGCUGAACUAUGAAAGAACUCCGAAAUUUCGGUAACUGAAUUUAAUUACUAACUUAUCUGUGAUAAACCAGGAAUUCUAAAGUAGUCUUAAUUAUUAAACGGAGCUACUGAACAUCACCCGUUCAUUAUACGACCGUAGUACGUCUAAAAAUUCUCCGAUUAGGUAAAGGCUGAAUAGAACAUGGCCGCCUGAGUAUACUACAGUAUCAGUUUUUGUUAAAUGUGAAAGAGUGAAUAUUCCCCAGGAAUGGAGCUAAGGGUUGGAAAUAAAUAUAGAUUAGGACGAAAAAUUGGCUCUGGUUCAUUCGGAGAUAUAUAUUUAGGAACAAAUAUAUCCACUGGUGAAGAAGUAGCUAUUAAAUUAGAAUGUAUCAAAACAAGACAUCCACAACUACAUAUAGAAUCAAAAUUUUACAAAAUGAUGCAGGGUGGAGUUGGAAUCCCGCAGAUCAAAUGGUGCGGGUCGGAAGGUGACUACAACGUGAUGGUGAUGGAACUGCUCGGUCCGUCCCUGGAGGACCUCUUCAACUUCUGCUCGAGGAGGUUCUCCCUCAAGACCGUACUCCUGCUCGCCGACCAACUGAUAUCCCGCACAGACUUCAUACAUUCGCGCAACUUCAUCCACCGGGACAUAAAGCCCGACAACUUCCUCAUGGGCCUCGGCAAGAAGGGCAACCUAGUUUACAUAAUCGACUUCGGACUUGCGAAGAAAUACAGGGACGGCAAAACGAACGAGCACAUACCUUAUAGGGAAAAUAAGAAUUUAACAGGUACAGCAAGAUACGCCAGCAUAAACACACACUCCGGCAUAGAACAAUCAAGAAGAGACGAUCUCGAGUCAUUAGGUUAUGUGUUAAUGUACUUCAAUAGGGGUUCCUUGCCCUGGCAGGGCCUCAAGGCCGCGACGAAAAGGCAGAAAUACGAAAGAAUAUCAGAGAAAAAAAUGUCUACUCCCCUCGAAGAAUUAUGCAAGGGAUAUCCUGGAGAAUUCUUCAGAUACUUACAUUAUUGCCGACAACUUAAGUUUGAGCAGAAUCCAGAUUAUAACUACUUGAGGCAACUCUUCCGAACGCUUUUUCACAGACAAGGUUUCACUUACGACUAUGUAUUCGACUGGAAUAUGCUCAAAUUUGGAUGCUCGAGAGGAAGUCACGGCGACGAGAACAACCAGCAACAGCAACAACAGCAGAGGAACGCGCGCUACGGGUCACACGUCGCCACGCCCGGCGAUUCGACCACAUCCGCAGUGCCAACCAGGUCUAGGAGGCCGCAUGGCUUGGAGCUGAUGGUACCACCGAAUAACGCCGUAGUUGCCAACCCGCUGGACGACGUUAUCACUAGUAAUUCCCCUAGAUUGUAUGAUAGCUAUGAACGUAGAGUUUCAAUAAGGCUAAGGGCCAAUCAAGGAGCACAGAACUUACCUACCUCAGACCACACAACCAAAACAAACUUCCUUCAGCGUUUAACAUCAAGAAAACCUAAAAAACCUUGAAUAUACUAUGUAAGAAAAACUCAACACCAAAGCUCAAAACGCCCCCGGCUUACCCAUGGCGCCCCCUAGUCAGACAACUGCUCAGAUAGGUCUUCCCAGGAGGGGUAGCUCUUCUAAGGAUCCACCUUCCUCCCGAAUGAAGAAAUGAGCCAUUUGAGAUUAUUUCUACAAAUAAUACGGAUAAGUCGUUACAAGGCGAAUUUUUAUUGUAAGGAUAUGUUUAGUUUCGUAAUGUCAAAUGGACAGGAGGAAUUUGUAUAGAAAAAAAAAAUUGGAAUGAAUACUAUUAUAUAUGCUACAGACAAGACCACUAACGAAAAGCCUAAGUUGAAUAUACAUGAAGUUAUGAUUAUAUUUGUUUUGACCAACUUGAUCCACAUUGUACGUUCGUUUUGAGCCUCUGAGUGAUACUUUUGGACUUCUGGAUUCCUUAAAUGAAUUACAAAAAUGACUGAUCUGAAAGUUUUCCACUUGGUCACCCCUUAGUUCUUGGAAGGGUGACAAGAUGUACAAGAAUGAUUCGUUGCACCAAAAAAUGUACUAUUUGAUGAAAGCUACACAUAGUGUAAGAAAUGCAUGUUGUUUUUUGAGUCGGGGUGAAAAAAAAGUAAUUUUUGAAUGAGAUCUUGAUCGAAAUCAUUUACAAACUUCCUGAAUUUUGUUGUGAUUUUCUGAAAUAAGUGUUAUAUGUAUUGAUUUAUAUGAGAUCAGUUUAUCGUCAUGACUAUAACUCAUUUCAAUUAUAAAUACAACCACAUUUAAGAGGUAAGACCCAAAAAUUCUUUAUUGUUUUCUACUUUUUCAUUAGUUGUUGAUAUGCUUUCUUUUAUACUAUUAUUCAUCCCUUUGUAGAAUUCGUUGAAAGUUGAUGUGAAGUUUUUUUUUAUUCAGGGAUGGAUUGUUACUUUUGUUAUCGAACUGCGUUGAUGUUACUGUGUUUAAUUUCACAUUAAUUUGUAUGGUAAACCUGUAAAAAUGAAAGAAACAUUUCAAAUGGCUGUAAAGUGAAAACACUUAUCAAUACAAGUGAUUUGAUCGUUUUGCUUCGCAUUUUUGAAUUAUAAUUGUUGUAAAUUUCAAAUUGGCAGAAUUCGUUUUCGUUCCUCGAUGGAUUUUGUGUGCCAAUAUAAAUUCUGUAACUUGAUAUAGGGUGUGCAAAACUAAAAAUAUUUGAGAAUGUGGCUUUGCCAAUGUUAUCAUUUCGAAAGAUGAUAAUCCGAAAUAUCAAUAGAACCCUCACUUUCAAACCAAUAGGAACUGGUUCUUUUGAUACCGUAAACAGUUGUACAUAUCUGGACUGACCUGUAAUAUUUAUGUAUUUCCUUCUUAGUAUAUAUGGACUAUACUUUAAAUGUAAAAAGAGAUUUUUAUAAAAUUUGAUGUGUGUCACAUUGUAUAAAAUGUAUAUGUGAAGAAUUAUAAGAGCUUCAAAAUAAGGUGAAAUAUUUUCGUUUGUUCAGGAAGUCUUAUUUAAUGUUCCUUAGUAAUUCAGACAUUUUCGCAUUCCUUUGUUAAGUUUUCCUAGCUUUAUUUAUUGUUCAUUUUAAAGGCUGAUCCACAUUAGAAGUAUCAAAAGAAGUAAGAAAUCGAAAUUUCAUAAGUGUGGAAUUUCUUACUCAAUUCAGGACAUAAUCUAAUUACAUGUAUAAAUUGGUUGCAAUAUUGAAAUUAUUAGAAAUAUUUUCAAGUAAA